ACUUAACUGCGUACGGAGAUGGACCGGGUUCUGGUGCUGGUGGUGUUGUUGGGGGCGGCGGCGGCGGCGGCGGAGGAGGAGAGGCCGCCCUUCCUGUUGGGCGGCCUCAGCCCCGUGCCCACAGAUGACCCCGAGGUGGUGAACGCGAUCCGGGUGGCGGAGGAGAACUUCAACCGCCGGUCCAACGACGUGUCUUACACCGCGGUGUACAAUGUCACAUCGGCCCAAAUACAGGUGGUGGAGGGGUUAAUGUACCACCUCAACCUGGAGCUGAGAACCACCGUCUGCCGGAAGAAUGAACCUGAUUUACGGAACUGCCCCUUUCACCAGGAUCCGCAACACGCCAAGAGAAUGACCUGUAGAUUUAAAGUCUGGUAUCGUCCGUGGGUUGGGCCCAUGGAGGUGAACGAAAGUCAGUGCACCGGGGUGCUAAAGUGACCGGACCACAGGACCCCUGGGGCGCACGCAACUCUGCUAAAGCAAUAAUACUGAUCACCAAGUCACAGCACUUUACCACAGCCCUGGCCGCCUACGUAACCGAGGGGCCAAAUGGCCCCACUCCUCUGCUGACCUUCGUCCGUUCUACGUUGGGUAGUAUUUGUUUCAGCUCGCGGGCUGACCAGUUACUACCAUAAUUGUAUUAUUAAGCUGCAAAUGUACAGUUUUUUCAAUCUUGCACAAUAAAGUUUUUAGCAUCCUGA